GUACAUAAGGUUAGCAGCUCGUGCUCCGCGUUCAGUUAAGUAGUAUAACGGUUGGUAAGUAGUGAUGCUACCGUCUGCGGAUAGCCGCUCGCUUCGCGGAUAGCAUCGCGGAUAAAGGAGAAAGCAUGCUUACUGUCAUGCUGGCUUGGUGCUGCGUGGGGCUUGCCGCCAGUUACCGGCACCAUCCCAGAUAUCCGUGGGCACCUGGUGAAACUAGGAUUCGGCACCACAGAGAACAUGUUCGAGAAUUCAAUUGUGGUCGCCUAUUCUACAGAACGUUCUUUCUGGACAUUCGGCGUGAUGUGCUCUAUGUUGGUGCUAUGGAUAAAGUUUUUCGAUUGAAUCUAGCCAACAUUAACAGAACAAGAUGUGAG